AUGGCAAACAACACCACCGAAUCAGCAGAAGAUGAAUCCAUAAGGUCGACAGCAGACGCAGUUGACAGAGUGUCUGUCUGGUUUUGCUUGGCAACAGGGAUCCCCGGAAAUCUCUUUAUUUUCUUAACCGUCAGGUCUUUCCCGUGCUCGGUCACCACGUUCCACUACCAGCUUCUUUCAGUGAUGGAUACCACAGCUCUGAUCCUGCAGGUGACCAUCAGAGGUGUGGAUUGGUACGACUUCGCUACAAUAUCCAGCUCCUACGUUGGCUAUGGAUGGAAGGUUUACUUCAACGUUGCUUAUUUUACAAGCAUAUACGCCAACUGGGUUUUAGUGUAUAUUGCCACGGAGCGACUCAUUGCCUUGAGAUAUCCCUCACAGAUUCAUAUUUACGUGACUAUAUCUAGAGCCAAGGCCAACGCUAUCCUCACGGCCAUUCUUAUAGCUUCAUUUUGCGUGAUUGUUAUAGUUAAGAUGGAUUACUUCGCCAUCGCCUGGCUGGUUGUGUUUACGACGUUUUAUACUGCUUUCCCCUUAGGAAUUGUUUUCAUGAUUAUUUGGCUGCUGUUGGGUACCAUGGAAGAGCGGAGACGACAGAAGAAGGUCUCGGAGAAGGAGAAAGAAAAGCAUCCUCAUCAUCACCAUCACCAUCAUCAUAAAGAUAAGGAUGGGCAUAAAGCGUCGUCAGCUGGGCAUACUCCGACGGAUACAGACAACCACACAUCGGCGAGUAGUCAAACAACUACAAUAUCGAAAUCUACCAGUGGGCUGUCCAAACAAAGCGGAGGAGCUAGCAAACACGGACCGGCCAAAUCUGCUAGUCACAACACCAUGGUGCUUUCUUUCACGACCAGCUCAAAGAAAUCAGAGAAUUCCACCCCCGAGGUGGAUCCAGAAGCGCAGGAGAUCUUAACCAUCAAAGCUCAGGAGAAGAAAGAUAUGGAACGGUGCUACACUUCAAUGAUGCUGGCCUUGUCUGUAGCCUUUGUCCUUCUAACUGUGCCCUAUACCGUGAUAGAGUACAUCUAUGUGGCUGCUAAUCGAGAAAUCACAGAUAUAUUUGACGAGAAGCAUACGAAGAUGUACCUUCUGGUAAUGAUAGCCCUCUGCCUGAUGUACUUUGAGCAUUCCUGUAAUUUCUACAUCUUCUUUCUGUGCUCGUGGAAAUUCCGUCAACAGUUUUUACGCGUCAUAACGAGAAAGCCCACUUCUGAUGUUCAGGAUAGCGUCACAGAUAUAGAACAAUCCAAAUCUUUUGUUUAG